AUGGGAGCAACACCAGUUGUCUCACAGCAGCGACCAGAAUACUUCAGUUUCUCGCCUAAAGCCAAUAUGAUACACGGACAGACGGCUGCACUGUUACUGGCGACGAUGGCUGCUACGUGUCACCAGGCGCUGUGCGGCCACGCCCACUCGUACGCCCACCAGACGGGUCCCGUGGUGGGUACUGCCCACCCAGUCACUGUGGAACACGCCGUACAUGGAGGACACAGCGUCGACUACGUGGCGUACCCGAAGUACGAGUUCGAGUACGGGGUGUCCGACGGUCACACAGGGGACCACCACUCCCAGAAGGAGCACCGCGACGGAGACGUCGUGACUGGCGAGUACUCGCUCAAGGAGGCGGACGGCAGCGUGCGCACCGUCAAGUACCACGCCGACAAGUCCGGCUUCCACCCCGUCGUGCACCACUCGCACCAUGGCUACGGCGCUUCACCUGACGCAGGAUUCCGACGAGGUUACGGACACUACUGAGGGUGCCGCUCCUACAGCAGCUGGAGCCCAGAUUGCAGUAUCUGCCACGUCUCCUCACGCU